AUGGCAAACCACAACGAUGGGGUGAAUCCCCUCAGACCAUACUAUAUUCCGCCCUCAAUUGGGGAGCCGCCCGAAUCGCUGCCCACUCCCGGACCGCGCGCCUUUACACAGGCCAACUCGACAGGCAGAUACGCGUCCAAAGCUCGCGACAUCUUUUCCGACAUUGACUACAAGGACUACAUCGCGGAGCCUUCGCCGUCGGCGGUCCAGUCUAUCAAGGAGCUAGUGGACGAACUAUUAUGGAAGUACACGUCCGUGUUGAUGGCGCAGCCUUUCGAGGUGGCCAAGACGAUCAUGCAAGUCAGGUGUCAGGAUGAUAUGGGAGGGUUGGCAGCAGCGGCGGAAGCGGCCGAGGAGCCUGAUUCAGACUCAGAUUUAGAUGAAGCCGCUUUUUUCACAUCACAUCAGCCCCGAACACCGUCACCAACCCUCUCCCGGUCGAGGAACCCGAGGCAUCCGGCGCCUGCGGACUCCCCCCGAUCCCCGACUAAACCAGUGCCGGCACACCAACUAGCUAUACGGACACCGGAUUCGGUCCUGGAGGUCAUCGCGCAGUUGUGGCAGAAAGAAGGUGUUUGGGGGGUUUGGAAGGGGUCGAACGCGACGUUUAUUUACUCGGUGCUGCAGUCUUUGCUAGAGAACUGGUCCCGAAGUCUGCUCAGUGCCCUAUUCAACGUCCCAGAUCUUGGGGUCAGGAACGACAUGGACCGCCUAGUCGAUUUGGCGUCACCUUACCCCUGGGCCUCACUCUGCGUCGCUGCGACCGCGGCUGUCGUUACAGGGCUCAUCCUUUCACCACUAGACAUGAUCCGCACACGGCUAAUAAUAACCUCCACCUCAAACGCCUCGCGACGGACUCUGUCCACCCUCCGCAGCCUUCCAUCCUACCUCUGUCCCGCCCCGCUCCUGGUGCCCACGACAUUGCACUCGCUCAUCCAUCCGCUCCUCACCCUCUCCACCCCGCUCGUCCUGCGAAGCCACUUCAUGAUUGACCGCGAGCUGGCGCCCACAACCUUCUCCAUCGCAAAGUUCUGCUCCUCGUCCCUCGCCCUGCUGCUCAAGCUGCCCCUGGAAACAAUCCUUCGCCGCGGGCAGGCUGCCGUGCUCAGCUCCCCAAGCUACGUCCAGGCGCUAGAGGCCCCCCUGUCCAAGGGAGGAGGAGGAGGGAGGAGGCUUGAUGAAAAGGCAAAGGCACUGUCCCUGGAGACUAUCGUCCCCCUGGGCAAGUACGACGGUGUCUUUGGCACCAUGUACGCCAUUGUCAAUGAGGAAGGGUCUCACCCUGUGCAACCUGCUGGCUCGAGAAGUAAGGGGCCGGCUGGUGCGGCAGCGGCAAGGAAGGGAAAAACCCCCGCCACCACGGCCGAGGUGGUGUAUCGGCGCGGUCAAGGCCUGGAUGGCCUCUGGCGCGGGUGGAAGGUCAGUUGGUGGGGACUGGUCGGCCUUUGGGCGGCUGGUGUGCUUGGUGGUGGGGGAGACGGCGAGUUUUGA